ACGUGAUGACGUCAGCGGGUCCUGCGCGGGGGCCUGUGGCGAUGGAGGCGUAGAGGCGGCGGCGGCGGCGGCAGGCCGCUGACCACCGGCCCGCAGCCCGGCCAAGCCAUGGAGCCCCCCGACGCCACCUUCAUCGAGGGGGUGGGCAACGAGGUGACGGUGGUCGUGGGCGUGGCGGUGCUGGCCCUGGCGCUGGUGUUGGCCUGGCUGUCCACCUACGUGGCCGACGGCAGCGGCCAGCUGCUGGGCACCAUCGUGGCGGCCGGGGACGCCGCGGGCCUCCGGGUGGACCACCUCGUGGGCGGCUCCGUGGCCCCCCAGCCGGCCGAGCCCCCGGGGUCGCCCGCCCGCGGCGAGGAGAAGGCCGAGGGAGAGGGCGGGGAGCCCGAGCCCCCCGGGGAGCCCGGGGCCGGCGGCGGGGCCGAGUCCGGCCCGGACCCCCUUCUGGAUAUCCGGGGGCUGCCCCCACGGGUCCCGGAGGAGGAGGAGGGCGGCCCCGGGCCCCCGGCCCCCGGCCCCGGCGGGACCAGCCCGAGCCUCAUCAGUGUGCGCCUCAAGUUCCUGAACGACACGGAGGAGCUGGCCCUGGCCCACCCCGAGGACACCGUGGGGACCCUCAAGAGCAAGUACUUCCCCGGCCAAGAGCAGCGGGUGAAGCUCAUCUACCGCGGCCGGCUGCUGCAGGACCCGGCCCGCACCCUGCGGUCCCUCCACGUCACCGACAACUGCGUCAUCCACUGCCAGCGCGGCCCCGCUCCGGCCCCCCCGGACCCCGGGGCGCCCCCGGGCCCGGCGCCCCAGCCCGCCGCCUCCGGCCUCUCCGCCCUCGGCCUGGGCAACCUCAUGGUGCCCGCGUUCGUGGUCAUGCUGGGCGUCAUCUGGUACUUCCGCAUCAACUACCGCCAGCUCUUCACCGCGCCCGCCACCGUCUCCCUGGUGGGCAUCACCGUCUUCUUCAGCUUCCUGGUGUUCGGCAUGUACGGGCGGUGAGGGAGGCCCCGGGCCGGCGGACGGACUCGGGGAGGGGGUCCCCGCCGCCGCCGCUGCCCCUUCCCCUCGGCUUCGCACGCUUCAGGUUCCGGAGCGCCCGCACCGACUCUCUCCUUUUGGCAAUGGCGACAUCAAGUCCCAGGACCCUAAAUGGGGGGCGGGAAGCCCCCCUCCCCAAGUCCCGGAGCGGCACCAAAGCUCCUCAACUUUUCUAGAGCACUUGCGACGAUCCCCUCCCCGUUUUUAUACCGCGUUCGUGAAGACGAGAGAGCGACGUUUUCUUCCAAGGUGAGGCUGGGGCUGGCAGGACUUGGGGCCCCUCCACAAUAUCUUGGGGGGUUGGGGAGGAGUCGGGCCGAGCCCCUGGCCAUCAGCCUUUGAGAAGCGCCCGCCAAACUCAGACCCGCAGGCUACCAAUCGGGAG